AUGAUUAUCAAUGAAUAUGCGGGGGCAAAAAGACUUGGCAUCAAAGUUAGCAGUCCCUCCUACAUAUUUUUAGGAUAUGGAAUCCAUCCGAUGAGACUUGCCAAGAAGCAAGCAAUCAAACAAGUAAAGGGCCAAGUCAAGACACAAGAAUUGAAACAAGAAAAAAAGAAACCAAACAAACCAAAGAGACAAAAGAAAGAGGAAAAGAAACAAGCAAGAGACCUCUUGUUUAGAGAAUUUGAUAAUUGGUUAGCCAAUCAUAUUGAAUACAAUGGCAACAAGAAGAUGUCAAAUGCAGAGUUGUGUGAACAAAUAGAUAAGGUUCAAGGUUUGCAACAAUUUACCAAACAGCUCACUACUCGUAGUUUAAACGAGAGAUGUUUAAUCGAUAGUGCAUAUUAUAGAUUGAAAUGCUUUUUCAAGAAGAAUCGUCUCAGAUAUAUUCGUCGUCGUGGUAUUAGAUACCUCCACCUUUCAUUCAAAAAGCCAACAACAACAACAACAACAACUUCAACUCAAACCAUUACAAUGCCAAAAGGAUUGGGGCAACUUCAAAUCGUUUAUCCACACUCUCCAUCUCUCAACAUUACCGUCGUAAAGGUAGAGAAGGAAGAAGAAGAUGAUGAUGAUGGAAUUACCAACAAAAGCAACAACAACAACAACAACAACAACAUUGUGUUCAAUACACAAUUCAAAUAUCUUCAACAACAAAUCAAUUUCUCAACAACACUGCCAAUGGCAAUAAUACCAACAAUAUUUUCAACAACAAAAAAGAUGAAAUCCAAUUCUAAUUAUAACUCGAAAAUCUAUUUACUUUUAACAAUAAUAAUAAUAAUAUUUUUCUAUUUAUUAACUUUUACAAAUGCUGGAAUAACUAAAGUAAAACAACAAAAUAAUACAUUGACAAUAGAUUUCCUACCACAAAUAAUGAUAUUGUUCCAACAACAAAUGAUCGAUGAUGGCAUGAUCAUAAAUAUCAAACCAUUUUGUAAAUCAAUGUAUGGCUUUAGUCCGUUGGUGUGUACCUUUCCACAAGGUGUACCAUCUUGUGAUACUCUCCGACUCUAUGGAGCCACAGGCAUUGGUGGAACAAAUCUUGAUAUGAGAUUUCCAUUUAUUUGUAAUGUAACAACAACAACAACAACUGACUAA